AUGGAAGACCCAAAAAUAUCCGUACUUGUGUCUUGUAUUGCAGAACUUACCUCAGGAGCACGCUGUAGGGAAGGAGAAAAUGGUGAAUAUCUUCCAUUUGAUUCGGGUAUCAGGAUGGGAAUUAAAUGGGGUAUUGAAGUUUUUGGAUGUUGUUAUGGCUUUGUUUUAUUAAGGGAUGUUAAUAAGUUCAACAAGUGUGUUCUUAUGUUGUGGAACCCAACUACGGAUGAGUGUAAGAGAAUACCGAAUCCACCAGCUGGAACAAAAGGUGAGGAUAGGAACUAUGAAGAAUAUGGUUUUGGGUAUUCUGAAGGAAUUGAGGAUUUCAAAGUGGUACAUCUAACUGAGGCUUUGCAGGAAGGUUUGUGUGAGGUUCAGGUCUAUACGCUGAAAUCAAAUUCAUGGAGAAGGGCUGAUAAUGUCGAGAUAUAUGAUAUAUAUUGGCAUCAAAUGUCUGAUGAGGUUCGAAGGCCUACUGGCGGUGCUGCUCAUUGGUUAGCGCAUGUGGAAUCCAGCAUAGAAGGCCACUGUAUUGCUCGUUUUGAAUUUGAGUCAGAGGAGUUUGAUGCGACGUCACUGCCGGUCAGUACAGAUCUCCCACCAACUUUGUGUGCUUUAGGAGGAUCAGUUUGCUUUUUUAUUCGUGAUCUUUUCGAUGUUAUAACAAUAUGGGAGUUGAAGAACAAUGUGGUGGAGAAAUCAUGGAACAAACUGUUCGCCAUUGAUCUAACAAAAACGUUUGGAUCAGUUUAUGGUUUUAUUCCCUUGAAAUCUUUAAGGAACGGAAAGAUUGUGGUAGGGUUACAGUUGAAUAAAGCAGAAUUACAUAUUGUUUUGUACGACCCAAAACACGGCACGGUUGAGACUCUUAAAGUUCAUGAAUCAAUGGUUCCCACUGAUUAUAUAUUUGUCUACGAGGAGCACCUACAUUCACUUGGCACAGGCACUCAUCUAGCGCAAUUAAAAGGGAAGACGAGGAUGCUGGUGAAGAAGAAUAAAAUAUAG